AUGGCGUCGCUCGCUAGACGUUUGCUGUGGAGCGUCUCUUACAUUGUCAGAGAAAGCUUUCCAAUUGUAAGUAAGAGAAACUGUGUCAGUUUACUGCGAGGUUCAUGGCGUAAAGUCCUGUCAGUGGGCGUUGGGACAAGCUUAUGUGCAAUUCCAGUUGGACAGAGGUCAGAGCCCACUCUCUCCAGUGAGUCCCUAAUAAAGAGGGCAGCAUCUUUGGUAGCAGACAGUUCGUCUACAUUUUUAUCUCAGACAACUUAUGCUCUUGUUGAAUCCCUCACAGAAUAUACCACGGCUGUUUAUACACUGAUUUCUCUGCAGCAGAAGUACUCCUCCCUUCUUGAUAAAAUUAAUUCAAAUGAAGAAAGUGCCAUCUGGCAAGUGAUCAUUGGAGCUCGUGUGCAGAUAAAUCAAUUAAAAGAACAGUAUAUGAAGUAUGAAUCUAGCUGGCAGAGAGCAGUGAGCCUAUCAGAGAUGGCAGCAGAAGCAGCAUACCAAUCUGGUGCAGACCAGGCUUCAAUGACUGUGCGAAAUCACAUCCAGAUAGUCCAGACACAAGUGCAGGGAGCCCGUGAUCAAGCUCAUAUGGCGGAGGUCCAGCUGGCUGCAAGUCAGACAGAAGAGAUCAAAAGAACUAUUACAGAAGAUAAAGGGAACCCUCCCAGUGGAGGGAGCCCAAGAAACAGCCUAUCAGAGGAAGAGGACAUACCUGAAGCUUACCUGCGUGAAGACUGA